GGCACUGGAUGGCCUUUUCACCCCCAGGUGAUGAGUGAGGUCGGAAGAUCGGAAGAUUUAAAAAGCCACCGGGGCCUCCGUUUUGAAUGAAAGACCCAGCGCAAAGGCAUCAUCAUGAACACGAGCAUUCCUUAUCAGCAGAAUCCUUACAGUCCCCGGGGCAGCUCCAGUGUCAUCCAGUGCUACCGAUGUGGAGACACCUGCAAAGGGGAAGUGGUUCGCGUCCACAAUAACCACUUCCACAUCAGAUGCUUCACCUGUCAAGUGUGUGGCUGUGGCCUGGCCCAGUCAGGCUUCUUCUUCAAGAACCAGGAGUACAUUUGCACCCAGGACUACCAGCAACUCUACGGCACGCGCUGCGACAGCUGCCGGGACUUCAUCACGGGCGAGGUCAUCUCCGCCCUGGGCCGCACCUACCACCCCAAGUGUUUCGUGUGCAGCCUGUGCAGGAAGCCUUUCCCCAUUGGAGACAAGGUGACCUUCAGCGGGAAGGAAUGCGUGUGUCAGACGUGCUCCCAGUCCAUGACCAGCAGUAAACCCAUCAAGAUCCGUGGACCAAGCCACUGUGCUGGGUGCAAGGAGGAGAUCAAACACGGCCAGUCGCUCCUGGCACUGGACAAGCAGUGGCACGUCAGCUGCUUCAAAUGCCAGACCUGCAGCGUCAUCCUCACCGGGGAGUACAUCAGCAAGGAUGGCGUUCCGUACUGCGAGUCUGACUACCACUCCCAGUUUGGCAUUAAAUGCGAGACUUGUGACCGAUACAUCAGCGGCAGGGUCUUGGAGGCAGGAGGGAAGCACUACCACCCAACCUGUGCCAGAUGUGUACGCUGCCACCAGAUGUUCACUGAAGGGGAGGAGAUGUACCUCACAGGUUCUGAGGUUUGGCACCCCAUCUGCAAACAGGCAGCCCGGGCAGAGAAGAAGUUAAAGCACAGGCGGACGUCUGAAACUUCCAUCUCGCCCCCUGGAUCCAGUAUUGGGUCACCCAACCGAGUCAUCUGCGACAUCUAUGAGAACCUGGACCUCCGGCAGAGACGGGCCUCCAGCCCAGGAUACAUCGACUCCCCCACCUACAGCCGUCAGGGCAUGUCCCCCACCUUCUCCCGCUCACCCCACCACUACUACCGCUCUGGGCCCGAGAGUGGCCGGAGCUCUCCAUACCAUAGCCAGUUAGAUGUGAGGUCCUCCACUCCAACCUCUUACCAGGCUCCCAAGCACUUUCACAUCCCAGCUGGAGAAAGUAACAUCUACAGGAAACCCCCGAUCUACAAACGGCAUGGUGAUUUGUCAACAGCAACCAAGAGCAAAACAAGUGAAGACAUCAGCCAGGCCUCCAAGUACAGUCCAGCCUACUCGCCAGACCCCUACUACGCUGCGGAGUCUGAAUACUGGACCUAUCAUGGGUCCCCCAAAGUGCCCCGAGCCAGAAGGUUCUCGUCUGGAGGAGAGGAGGAUGAUUUUGACCGCAGCAUGCACAAGCUCCAGAGUGGAAUUGGCCGGCUGAUUCUGAAGGAGGAGAUGAAGGCCCGGUCCAGCUCCUAUGCGGAUCCCUGGACCCCACCCCGGAGCUCCACCAGCAGCCGGGAGGCCCUGCACACAGCUGGCUAUGAGAUGUCCCUCAAUGGCUCCCCUCGGUCCCACUACCUGGCUGACAGCGAUCCUCUCAUUUCCAAAUCUGCCUCCCUACCUGCCUACAGAAGAAAUGGGUUGCACAGGACACCCAGCGCAGACCUCUUCCACUACGACAGCAUGAACGCCGUCAACUGGGGCAUGCGAGAAUACAAGAUCUAUCCUUAUGAACUGCUGCUGGUGACCACAAGAGGAAGAAACCGACUGCCCAAGGAUGUGGACCGGACGCGUUUAGAGCGCCACCUGUCCCAGGAGGAGUUCUACCAGGUCUUCGGCAUGACCAUCUCCGAGUUUGACCGGCUGGCCCUCUGGAAGAGGAAUGAACUGAAGAAGCAAGCCCGGCUGUUCUAGGCAGAGGCUCUAUAAAUAUAUAUGCAUUUAUAUAAAGAUAUAUGUAAAAUCUCUAUACCGAAGCUCCGUAUAAUCCUCUCUUGUGGAAUGGGACAUGCUGCCUGCCAUGAAACUUCCUUUUCUGUACUGUCAGGCAAGCCCACGUCAUUGAGAUAUUUUUAUGCUCCUCACUUUCUCUUUUCUAAGUGCAAUGGGGUUUGGGAAGGGAUUUGAGGGGACUCCCAUCCUUUUACUGGGGACCCUUUUUAUACUGAAACAUCUGUCCUACCUUGAGUCCCCCAAGGUCCAGCUCUCCUUUCUAAAGGAGGUGCCUCCAGGAGUCCCUCUUCUCUCCGCUCCUUGGCUCUUUUCCCUAGGCUCAAGGGCGGAUGCUGACCAAGCAGUUUUCACACCUUACUGGCCCCAGAGGGGCCCUCCCAUGGGACGAUCCACAGCGAUCUCCCAAAGUCACAGAGCACCUUUGAGAGCACUGAAGGGUUUUCUCAUCACCCCCAAUUUGGAGCUCGGUGCUCUCUGGGGGUGAUGCAUUGGAAGUGUGGGCCUCAGAUCUACUGGUUAUGGCAGUAAACACAAGUGGACCAGACCUUGGCCACUCUGCAGCUCUUCAACCCUCCUCCUUCUGCCCUUGAUCCUAACCUCUCCCUGGUCCCAAUCUGUGGCUCAUGUAGAAAAAGAAAAGGCACUUCCCUUCCCUCCACCACUUCAACUGCCCCCUUAGUGUGGCCCUGACUGGACAACCAGAGGGAAGGAGUGGAAGCCGGGAGCAGGAGACAGAGCAGGGCACCUGUUAGAAUUGGAGCUGCGGGACCUCUUGGGACCCUCCUCUCACCCUCACUGCUCCCAGCACCUCCUGACCAUUCCCCCUGUCGAGGAGAGGCCCAUUAUUGCAGCCGGUAUUCUUCAGCCUUACUACAAUCUAUGUGCCUGACAACUCAACACACCACAGGGCUAACGUUCCCACCACAGCUCCAACUGAACAACUGGACAGGUGUCCUCUAAUGCUCUUCUAAAGGUGAUACCCACCCUGUCCCAAAGAAAGGUUCUUGGUCUAUACCUGCUGGUCCCUGGGCUGGCAGGGCAUCCCUCCCAGACCCCCACCAGUCCUCGACUCCCACUGCAACGUUGGUCGUGUUUCCUGGGGAAAACUUGCCAAGUAAUGGCUGCUUAUGAGAUUCCAAAAUGGCACAUGGGCCAACACUGCUCAUGAUCCUCCCAGAUCUGCCCAGGGGCUGCCUUUCCUGCCUCCUUGCUUCUGGAACAGAGGUGAAAGCUUAACCUCUCCUUCCCUCCCCAAACCUUUGGCCCUGAGUUGGUGAUGUCUGGUGGGGUCUGUUUCUUCCUGGAGAUGCUUUGAGUCAGACCAUUUUGAGGUCCUGGAGGAAUGAUGAAGGAGAAGAAAUGACAAUUCUGUCUCUCAAGAGGCUGGUGAUGUGACGUGGCAAAUGUAGAACUGACUUCAAUUCAACGAACCCUCACUGAGCACCUGCUGACGCUGAGCACCUGCUGUAUACUGAGCACUGAACGGGGUGGGAGAUGGGAACACUGAGAUGAUCGACAUGGGUUGGUCUGGGGGGCAUGCCAGCUAAUAAUGGGUAUUGGAAGGUAUGUCCCCAAACAGGAUGGAUGUAAGGCAGAAAGUGAUAGGAGACAGCAUGAGAAAGUGUUUGUAACAUUACUGAAAGGCAUAUGUAGUCGGUGCAGACCAAGGAAAGCUUUCUGGAAGAGAUUGCAUUUGAGCAAAAUUCAGGAAAGAGCUUUGUAAACUGGGGGAAGAUGGUAACUUGAAAGGGUAACAGGAUGAGGGGCCGGAAGGGAGGUCUAAGUUGCUCUCAUUUAAAAUGUCAACCCUCUCUGCCACUUCUCUUUUUGGCCAAUGUCUUUCAUCUGUCCUAACCCUUUAGAAAUGUCCCCAGCAAGAUGCAAUCAUUGAAACUGCCUCAUUAUCACUGGUUGAGAACUUGGCGAGAUUAAAGAGCUUUUGUUAUUGUUGUUGGAUAUUUUUGUUUCCCAUAAAAGCACAUAAUUUCAACCCA